AUGGGUUACCGACUAGAGUGUCUGUGUAUGGUUCUCCUGGCUCAACUCCACAGGACAGUCUCUGGUAGGUACAGUGCACUUUUUUCUUACAGACUUGGUGUGUGUGUGCGUGUGUGUUAGGAUAGUCUAAAUCUGAGUUGUCAAUCUAUCUCUCCAGUGGAGUUUAAGGUUCUUGGUCCGGUUGGUGACAUUGUUGCUGUGGCUGGUGAGGACGUCAUUCUUCCUUGCUACCUCAAACCUUCCAUCAAUGCUGUGGACUCCAGAGUAAAGUGGAAUCACCUGAACACGGUCAUCCAUCAUUACCAGGACCGCAUUGACAGAAGUGAGAGGCAGAAUCCCUCCUACAAGGAAAGGACAGCACUCUUCAAAGAUGAACUGAAGCAAGGAAACACCUCACUGAAACUCAUGGGAGUGAAAAUAUCUGAUGAAGGAAUCUACAUAUGUAUUGUUCAGUACAAGGGCUCCUUUGAUGAUGUCUUUAUGAAAGUCAUUGUUACAGGUGAGAAUCAUGUUGUGUGAAUAUACAAAUAUUUGAUAUUAUUUGCUUUACCAGUAUGGAUGAGAAUGCAGAAUUAAAACAGUAUAUUUUUAUAUUACAUCAGUAUAGAUUAAUUGAUUAUUAUUUUACCUCCUUUUGUCCAGUGGUGGAAAAAGUACCCAAUUGUCAUACUUGAGUAAAAGUACACCUUAAUAGAAAAUGACUCAAGUAAAAGUGAAAGUUACCCAGUAAAAUACUACUUGAGUAAAAUUCUAAAAGUAUUUUCGUUUUAAAUAUACAUAAGUAUCAAAAGUAAAUGUAAUUGAUAAAAUAUACUUAAGUAUCAAAAGUUAAAGUAUAAAUCAUUUCAAAUUCCUUAUAUUAAGCAAACCAGACGGCAUGUUCUUUUUUUAUUUAUUUUUAUUUACGGAUUGCCAGGGGCACACUCCAACGCAGAUAUAAUUUACAAACAAAGCAUUUGUGUUUAGUGAGUCCACCAGAUCAGAGGCAGUAUGGAUGACCAGGGAUGUUCUCUUGAUAAGUGUGUGAAUUGGACAAUUUUCCUGUCCUGCUAAGCAUUUAAAAUGUAACAAGUACUUUUGGGUGUCAGGAAAAAUGUAUGGAGUAAAAAGUACAUUAUGUUCUUUAGGAAUGUAGUGAAGUAAAAGUAAAAAAUAUAAAAAGUAAAGUAAAGUACAGAUACCCCACAAAACUACUUAAGUAGUACUCUAAAGUAUUUUUACUUAAGUACUUUACACCACUGCUUUUAUCUGUGUAGUUAUAGGGUCCCAGCCAGUGAUCUCUACUGAAGAAAAGGAAAAGGGUACUGUUGGUCUUAAGUGUGAAGCUAAAGGCUGGUAUCCAGAACCUGAGCUGGUGUGGCAAGACAGUAAAGGACAAACUCUCUCUACUGGACCGCCAGAGAUACACAGAGACCCCAAGGACCCUGAGGGCCCCUAUACAGUGAUCAGCAGAAUUGUUGUUCCAGAGGGAGACAACAUCUUUACUUGUGGAGUUCAUAUGAAGCUGAUCAAUCACACGAAAAAGGCAGAGAUUCACACUACGGGUGCGUAG